CUGGAUCUACAAGUUUUUUCGUAGGCUCUGGUAAUUCUAGUUUUUAAAGGUUCCUGAGUUGUCAUGUCAGAAAACGCACAAGACUGAGUCCUAUAGUAUAAAAAUCUUUUGUUAUCUACAAGGCAUUUCGGUUUGAUUUUUUUUUUGGAGGGCAGACGCUUCCCUAGCCCUCCGGGAUACUUAAGGCCAGUGCACCAUUCUAAUCCACUCCAAGCUAGUUCACUUUCUACAUCCCCUUUGACUACAGUGUAUUUACAGGUUUAGUGCAAUUACCGAACAUUGCUGUGAUUCAGCCAAACUCCAGGCAAAGCCAAUUCAGAGGGAUUUCCUCAUCACUAGUGACCCAAAUCCUUGUUUGGGCAUUGAGCAGUUUAAAUCGGCCAUGAAUAGGAGCUUAAAUCCAAAAUGAGACACAUACCCUGGCACCAUGCUUCUCAUCAAUAUGAUUUUUAAAUUUUUAACCUCUAGGGAGUGUGUGGAGCAUGAAGCACUUUUGACCCCUGUAGCGGUGUGUGAAUAACGCAGCCUUUAAUGAAUGUGACACUUGUAAACUAACCCUUUACCAAAAUGUGGUUCUCUAUGUGGCAUAGCAUUGCCUGUAAUGCUCAUAUGAUACCCAGGCAAAGUAGCCCAUGAUUGCUUAAACAUUCUAUUUGUGGUCAUUAUUUUUCCCCAGCCAAGUAGCUUUUUGGUUUUUGAGGCCAGAAGACAUGAGGCCAUUAUCCUUCUCACUUUUGUAUAAAUUGAGGCACUGUUGGUCAAUUUGUUUCACUGAUGAUAUACAUGUAGUGAAUGUUGCAUUGUAAUAAACUUUAAAUAUUUAACCCUCAUUUAAAUUUUCUUUUAGCAGACAUUUUUAUUCAUGGUCAAGUUAAAACUUCUGUAAAUUGAUUUUGGAUGUUUAUCAGAAAACUACUGAGGUAACAAAUGAUGACAAAUUUAAAAGCAAAUCACAAGAGAUGAAGCUGACACAGUUGAGUGCUGCAAUAGUUGGACUACACAGGAUUAAGAUAAAUUUGUUUUCUCUCUCCAGAAGUGAUGCAGCAAAAAAGUAAUAAAGGCCUGAAAUUUUUUAAUUACCUCAUUGAUUUAGGUAUUAUAGACUAAACCAGCAGCCAUGCAAAACAGAAUUGUGUGACACCAUGUGUUAUCUGAAAUAAAACUAAAUGUGCAUUGCUGAUACUGGAAAAGCUUGUUUAACUAGCGACUUAAUGUUGUAAUAAUAACUUCCCCCUUCAUUUUCUUUCAUUUUUAUUAAUGAUAACUUCUUGGCAUUAAACAGUAGUCAAGGAUCUUUGGUUUAAGAGUGAAUUGAGAGAGGAUUAGAUGCAGUAUGCUAUAUUUAGUGUACUGGAGAACUGUAAAAAAGGGGAAAAAAAAUCUGCUCUGAGUAUAUCUGUAGAUCAAAAAAGAGAGCAUGCAGUUCAGUAGGAAAAAAAAAACUGUCUAAAACUACAUGAAGGGGUGUGGAUCUGAGUUCUGCUAAUAACAUCGCAAGCUAACCAUUAAAAAUUAUACAAUGGCUGAUCUGGAAAUACUGCAGCAUUGGAUAGUUUGUCUGGUGUAACAUGAAUUUUAAAAUUAGUGUUAGGUAAAAUAAACAAUUUUUGUUUUACAAAUGAGUGUCCGCUUUUGCCUUUAAAUAAGACCUAAUAAAGAAUUAUUGAAAUCAAGAAAGAUGCUUAUUACUGAGAAAACGUUUGUUUGGUGGUUUGAAAAAGUGCUGUUGACAGUUGAGGCAAAGGUAGAUCUGUUUGGCCACAAUGCCUGAUGUUCAGAGGCUGAACCAUAAGUAGUAACAAGACGGUGACCUAAAACCGUGAAGAAAAUUCAUAAAUGAAUGGCCCCAAGAAGAAGAAAUGAGGGUUAAAUGACCAGUUCAAAUUUUAGUACUAUAGGAAUGCUUUGAGGGACACUUGGAGUGGGACGUAAGUGCAAGAAAGCUAUUGAAUGUUCACUGAAGGCCUGCUUUGGGCAGAAAUUUCAAGUCUCUGUGGAAGACUGAUAGACAAAUUAUUUUUGAAAUCUGCUGUUGAAGCUAGAGGUGUCCUUUUUUGGUUAUCUCUUAAUUGUUUUUUCAAUUACUCGUGGUAAAGAACAGUUUUUAAAUUAAAUAUUCAUUAGAUUUAUUCACAUUUAUGGAUUUGAAUGUGUUGAACACAACAGUUUUUUCAUAUGGUAUAGUUUUUCCUUAAUUUUUGUUUGCUUGAGAAUUUUAAAUUCAGUGAAAUGGAAUGCUAAUUAGAGAAAUCAAUGACAUUUUGGCGUAUUUUUCAUAAUCAAAAUACUUUGAAAUACAGAAAUAAAAAAACUAGGGAUGCACGAUACCGAUGCUGGUAUCUGGUAUUGGCCUCAAUACCACAUGUUCUAAAGUACUCGUACUCGUUAAAAGUCCCCUGAUACCGGGGACCGAUACCGCGGUCUGAGAAAUGUCUGUUUGAGCAGCGUGUAAGGGGUUAAUCACAGGCACCGAGUGCCCGCCCCCAGGCCCCGGCUGCAGCUCAGAGUGGGGAGAAGGCGAGGCGAGACAUGUCAGCCGUGUGGAACUAUUUCAAAGUGAAUGAAGACGACAAAAGAAAGGCGGACUGCAAAUUGUGCUCAGUGAAAUUGUCCAGAGGAGGCUCAAAAGGUAGCGCAUUUAACACAAGUAAUUUAAUCAAGCACAUAAAAUCCCAACACGAUAAAGGAGUACAAAGAGUUUACCCACGCUUCUAAACCAACACAACCCAUGCUGCAACAAACUCUUGCAAGACAAGAGAAAAUGUCCAGAGACAAUCCACGUGCUGUGAAAAUAACACUGGCAAUUAUCGAGUACAUUGCAUUGAGUGACCAGCCACUCUCGGAGGUAGAAAAUGUGGGAUUCCUGCGUCUCCUCCAUGUUCUGGAGCCCAGAUAUGAUGUCCCAAGCCGCCGCUACAUGACUGAAAUGGAGCUGCCUAAACUACACGACUCGGUGAAAAAACAUAUCCACAGCCUACUGCAAGCCUCCUCUGCGUUUAGUUUCACCACGGAUAUUUGAACAAGCAGUGUUAGCCCCGUGUCGCUAAUUAGCCUAACCUCCCAGUGGAUAGACGAGAGUUUCACGCUGCAACGAGCCAUAUUACAUGCAAAACAAUUCCGCGGCUCGCACACCAGCCAGGCUAUAGCGCAUGUGUUUGAGGAAAUGCUCCAAACAUGGGGUAUACCUAAAACAUUAGUACAUGUUGUGUUUUGUGACAAUGCCAAAAACAUGAUUAAAGCCAUGAAUGACGCAGGGCUUCCAAGUCUGCCAUGUGUCGCGCACACGCUCCAACUGGCUGUUCACGAGGGCUUAUUAACACAGAGGAGCAUAGCUGAUGCUAUAGCAGUGGGGCGGAAAAUAGUUGGGCAUUUUAAACAUUCCGCCUUAGCCUACUCCUGCCUCGAGGACAUUCAGGGACAGCUCAAUCGGCCAAUAAAGAGACUGCAGCAGGACAUAGACGCUCUGGAACAGCACGUAUUACAUGCUCCACUCCCUCAUUGAGCAAAAGCGAGUGCUGGGGGUGUAUGUGUCCGAGCAUGAACUCCCUGACUAUCUCACCGCUCACCAAUGGGCUCUUAUGGAGAAGACUGUUGCCAUCCUUGCCCCCUUUGAGGAAUUAACUAAAAAAGUGAGCAGCUACGACGCACUAGCCUCUGAUGUCAUCCCAGCUGUGACUGUGCUAGUGAGACUUCUAAACAGAGAAACAGACGAGGACCACGGCGUCAAGACAAUGAAGGCAACCUUACUGGCAGCUGUCAAGAAGCGCUUCAGUGACGUUGAGACCAACCCACUGUACUUCAUCUCCACCAUACUUGACCCAAGGUAUAAAGAUUGCUUCUUCUCCAACAACACUGCUCCGGAGGCCAAGCUGCACCUGAAGCAGGAGCUGCAGAUGAUGCCCAGAGCUGAGGCAGAGGGGAGUCGGGCAGAAGCUGCAGAACCUCCUGCUCAACUGUUCCUCAAGGCCCAGGCCAGCACUAGCCGCAGUCUGGACACUGUAUUUGAAGAAAUCACUAAGGAGCAGCACAGCCGCUGGCAGCAGGUGCUGCCAUUGAGCUCGACACAUACCUUGGAGAGGCCCCAAGCCCUCGUGAAGACAGUCCUCUGAAGUACUCGGGUGUCAACAAAAUCCGGUUCCCCACUUUGGCUAAAAUGCCCCAGAAAUACCUCUCAGCCCCAUGUAGCAGUGUGGAAAGUGAAAGGCUUUUUAAAAAGCUCAGUGUCACACAUUAUAGAUGAAAACAGAAACAGGCUGACUGCUGAUAAUGCAGAAAAGCUACUUUUCUUAAAAAACCCUGCCACUCACUUUUUUUAAAUAGGCUCCAUUAAGUGAGUCGUCUUAGACUUGAUGUUAAUACCUACCUCAGUUGCACUGACUGCCACAGUUCUAUGUUGGUGGAUGUUGUUUGUUUAUUCAAAUAUUGUGCACUAAAUAGCAAAGAUGUUUAUUAAUGCCCCUUAUGUUGUCCAAAGCGGCAGAGUUUACAACAAACUGAAAAAAAUACUUGAGUUGCACUGUCACUGUUUAAAUUUUUUUU